AUGAAACGAGGCGGACUUCUCGUAAUACUCUACCUCCUACAAACCGUUAUAGCAGUUAAGGUCAAAGUAAUAAUGCAUUCAGAUCAAGAAGACUCGAGAGAUGAAGACGAAACGCAAACAGAGUCAUGGGACUCGAGGAAGAAAGUCGAAAUAACUAUGCUCCCGUUCCUAAAGAAAACACACAGGGCAAAGCAAAUAGAAUUCGAGGAGGAGAAACAAACUGAAAAGCCAAAACAGAUGCACCCGAACGAAAUGUUGUUUCCGUUAAUAUAUCGACAGAAUCAUAUUAACAGCAUGUUCAAAUUCGGUGAGAACUGGUACACUUGGUCGAAUGAGAAACGAACCGACGGAUCGAAGGCGGUCAAUUAUUACAUUUGUUACGACGAACCGAAGCACUGCGACGAAAUUGGAUGGGAGCGAACGGACACAAUACCAAAAUGCGCAUUCCAAAUAGAGGCGCUCACUCCUGACGACCGCGCCUGUAUCAACGGCUUCGGUGUGGAGUCUCACGCUAAUUCCGCAUGCGACGGUGGAGAACAGAUGAAGGUAAGCGAAAUUGUACGCUCGUGCGGGCCAAGGAUCCGUUCGCUAUGGCGCUUCGUACGUGUAGGACUCCGACCUACCAGCGCAGUUAAACCUGCCGACGUCAAUUCGCUCGUCUGUGAGGACGAAGACGAAUGCUAUCUCAGUGUCGAAUAUAGGAUUCACCACGACAGAAUAACAUUCUCGCUACACGAACCCAGCCGCGGACAGACGUUUAAGAGCGCUUUGAAGCGUGAUGCUACGAGUGAAGACGAGAAGACGGUGACCGAGAGCCACGCGAAGUCUGCCCAUAGAGGGAAGAAAGUGGAAAUUACGAAGAAUAAGAAAAACCACAUGAGGAACAGAAAAGUAGCGGAGGGAAAAGGGGUGGUGAAGGAAAGAGAUAAUUCAGAAUACACUCGUCGGAGGCAAGACAAGAACAAGAUUAAGAUAAGGGAGGAUAUUUCUGAAGACGUGUCCGAAUAA